AUGUCUCGGGAAUACUAUUCAGAAAAACUCGGGCUCCCUCGUACAGAUCCUUCCCGUUGGAGACUUGAGUGCAGUGAAUUGGGAGCUACGAAAUGGCGGUACUUGGAUGAGCAAGAAUCCUCCAGUGUUCCUCAAACUAACACUACGCGCUACCUCAUUGGGGCGCAGGAUUUCGAGGCUCCAAAGCCAGAGCCUGAUAUUAAAACACCACUUGCCGCCGCUGAAAAGGGUUCAGAGUUUCUCGCAGCCAUCCAGAGCGAUAGCGGAUGUUUCCCCUGCCAAUACAAAGGACCUAUGUUCAUGACCAUUGGUUAUGUUGCUGCCAGCUACUUCACCAAAACUGAAAUCCCGGAACCGUAUGCUCAGGAAAUGAUUCGCUAUCUUGUGAAUACGUCCCAUCCUGUUGACGGUGGAUGGGGCUUAUACGAAAAUGACAAAUCAACUUGUUUUGGUACCACUAUCAACUAUGUGUGUUUGCGUCUUUUGGGCUUGUCCAGCGACCAUCCUGUUUGCGUCAAAGCUCGUAGAACCCUACACAAAUUAGGCGGGGCCCUCGGCAAUCCUCAUUGGGGGAAAGCAUGGUUGUCUGUCUUGAACCUUUAUGAAUGGGAAGGCGUGAAUCCGGCUCCUCCAGAAUUAUGGAUGCUUCCUUACUGGACACCGAUCCAUCCUGCGAAAUGGUGGGUCCAUACGAGAGCCAUUUACUUGCCAUUGGCAUAUUUGACGGCCAACCGUAAUACGUGUGAGCUCACCCCGAUUUUGAAGGAGAUUCGUGAAGAAAUCUACUUGCCUAAACAGUUGCCAUAUGAACAGAUUGAUUUCAGUAAGCACAGGAAUACUGUUUGUGGUGUCGAUCUCUAUUACCCACAUACAAGAGUGUUGGACACCUUAAAUUUUUUCAUCACGAAAUACGAAAAAUACGUGCGUCCACAAUGGUUGCUCCGGCGCAGUUCCAAAAGAGUUUACGAGCUCAUUGUUAAAGAAUGCAAAAAUACAGACUACUUGUGUAUUGCACCUGUGAGUUUUGCCUUCAACAUGAUCAUUACUUAUAUCGAGGAGGGCCGUGACUCUUAUGCUUUUCAGCGGUUUUUGGAGCGAAAGGAUGAAGUUGUUUUCCAUUCUUCUCUUGGAAUGACCGUCAUGGGAACCAAUGGUGUUCAAGUCUGGGAUGUUUCUUUCAUGUGCCAAUAUCUCAUUGUUGCGGGAAUGUCUAGCGAUCCGAAAUUCCGUGACUUAAUUCUUAGAGGAUAUCAUUUUUUACGCCGCUCCCAGUUCACCGAGGAAUGUGUUGAUGGAUCUUUCAGAGAUAAACGCAAAGGGGCAUGGCCCUUCAGUACGAAAACCCAAGGCUACACAGUCUGUGAUUGCUCUGCCGAAGCUAUGAAAGCAAUCAUCAUGGUCGAAAAUGACGAGUACUUGGGCCAUUUUGUUCAAGAUAGAAUUGCUGAGCAAGACUUGCAUGAUGCUGUGGACCGUAUCCUCUUCAUUCAAAACACAGACUCAUUUGAGUUUGGUUCGUUCUCUUCGUAUGAGAAGAUCAGAGCCAACCCGCUUUUGGAAAACUUGAGUCCCGCUGAAGUUUUCAAUAAUAUCAUGGUCGAAUACCCUUAUGUUGAGUGUACAGAUUCGUCGGUCUUGGGUUUGAUUUACUUCUCCAAGUACUAUCCAGAUUACAAACCUGAAAUUAUAUCCAGUGCUAUCGAUAACGCCAUUGAAUAUAUUGAAAGGGUUCAAGAUCCGCACGACGGUCUGUGGUAUGGUUCAUGGGGAGUCUGCUAUACGUAUGCUGCGAUGUUUGCUAUCGAAGCGUUGGAAAGUGUGGGAAAGACAUAUGAAACUUCCGAAACUGUUCGUAGAGGACUUCAUUUCCUCGUUAGCAAGCAGGAAAACGACGGUGGCUGGUCCGAAUCUAUGAAGGCUUGUGAAACUCACACGUAUGUUCCUACUGGGAAAUCUCUAGUUGUUCAAACAUCUUGGGCGGCCAUUGCGUUGUUGUUGGGUAAUUACCCUGAUCGUGCACCUAUCGACCGUGCUAUCCGACUUCUUAUGAGUAGACAAGGUGCAACGGGAGAAUGGAAGUAUGAGGACGUUGAAGGUGUCUUCAAUCACAGUUGUGCCAUCGAAUAUCCAACAUAUAAGUUUUUGUUUCCUAUCAAAGCGCUCGGACUUUAUGCUAAAAGAUACGGUCACGACGCGAUUCCACAAUUGUGA